UUUUUUCUUUUUCUUUAAUAUAAUAUAUGUGAUUAUAUAAAUACCUUUCUUUGUAAAAAAAAAAAAAAAAUGGAACAACAACAACAACUUUUAGGACAACCUUACUAUAAUAAUAAUUCUAAUAGUAUGAAUAUGGAAGGCCAACAGCAACAACCAUAUACCCAACAACAACAAGCUUACCAUUUUAAUGGUGGCACUAGUGAACAACAAUAUGUCAUUUCUCCAUCAAACUUUAAUGCAACCGAGAUUCAACCUCAAUCUAUGAACCAACCUUAUCCUUCUAUCGAUUUUUUUUAUGAAACACCACACAUUCAACCCACUAUGACAACCAGUACAGAUCUAUCUAAAAACUAUACCAACUCCACAUCAAACAAUUUUCAAAUACCCAUUAGCAAUACCAACAAUGCAACCAAUACUAUGACUCGACCUUCAGAAUCAAGUACCGCUGUAUCCAGCGUAGAUGAAGACUAUGUUCAAAAUUUAGCCAACGAAUUACAACAUACGAAACAAUUAUUAAAUCAGUAUCAAUUAAGGACUGAACAACUUAUGGAAUUAGUUAAGAAACAGACAGACAAAAUUGCUGAAUUACGCGACCAGCUUAACAAUAAAGCGAACCCAGUUGAAUCUUAACUCGCUCUCUUAUUUUUUUUUAUUUUUCUCGUGAAUAGUGUCCUAAAUUGUCAAAUCAAAUAAUUUUUUUUAUAAAGUUGUUGAUUCCGUACUGAAUAAUUUUUACGGCAACGGCGAAACCGGGAAAGGAGAAAGGGGAGAAAGAAGGAGAAGAGGAGGGAGGAGGGGGAUUAUGUUUGCGCGCGCGGGUA